CUGCAAGCGCGACGGGCGACGCCAAAGGCAAAAGCACUGCCUAUUUCUUUCUGACUUCCUCCAUCCUCCAACAAGCAAACACUCACCUUCUCUCCCUCUUUCCACUUGCCGCUGUAUUAGCGACACCUCCCGGUCGCUUGCGAUACUCAAAUUUACUGUUUCUCUUGCAGUUUUCACUCUCCUACACGAGUCCAGCUUGUCUUUCCAGAUCGGUCCCUACCAAACUCACUCAACGCAUCAUGUCUUACGGCGGUGGAUAUGGCGGCGGUGGCCGUAACGGUGGAGGCGGUUAUUCGAACGGUUAUGGCGGUGGUCACUCCAACGGUGGCGGCGGCUACGGCGGCGGCGGUUACGGUGGUGACCGUGGUGGUGGAGGUUAUGGCGGAGGCGGCUACGGAGGCGGAGGCGGAGGCUAUGGUGGAGGCGGCGGUGACAAGAUGUCCGCUCUCGGCCAAGGUCUCAAGACUCAGCAAUGGGACUUGGACUCGAUGCCCAAAUUCGAAAAGUCUUUCUACAAGGAAGACGAGGCCGUUACCGCUCGUUCUGAGGCCGAGGUCGCCGCUUUCCGCAAAGAGAACCAGAUGACGACGCAGGGCAAGAAUGUACCCAAGCCUGUCACCACUUUCGACGAAGCCGGAUUCCCCUCUUACGUUAUGAACGAAGUGAAAGCACAAGGAUUCGCGAAGCCUACUGCCAUUCAGUCCCAGGGCUGGCCCAUGGCCUUGUCUGGGCGUGACGUCGUUGGUGUUGCUGAGACUGGUUCCGGAAAAACUCUGACAUACUGUCUCCCCGCCAUCGUCCACAUCAACGCACAACCGCUAUUGGCACCUGGCGAUGGUCCCAUUGUGUUGAUCCUCGCUCCUACUCGUGAGUUGGCCGUCCAGAUUCAACAAGAAAUCAGCAAAUUCGGAAAAUCUUCUCGCAUCCGAAACACUUGCGUCUAUGGUGGUGUGCCAAAGGGCCCUCAGAUCCGCGACCUUGCCCGUGGUGUUGAGGUUGUAAUCGCCACCCCCGGCCGUCUCAUCGAUAUGUUGGAAGCUGGCAAGACCAACUUGCGUCGCGUUACCUACUUGGUGCUCGAUGAAGCCGAUCGUAUGCUUGACAUGGGUUUCGAGCCUCAAAUUCGCAAGAUCAUCGGACAGAUUCGCCCUGAUCGUCAGACAUGCAUGUGGUCUGCUACGUGGCCCAAGGAAGUUCGCCAGCUUGCCGCUGAUUACCAGAACGAUUGGAUUCAAGUCAACAUCGGCUCCAUGGAGCUCUCUGCCAACCACCGUAUUCAACAGAUUGUUGAGGUUGUCACUGACUUUGAGAAGCGUGAUCGUAUGAGCAAGCAUCUCGAGACGAUCAUGGGAGACAAGGAUAACAAGGUUCUGGUCUUCACUGGCACCAAGCGUGUCGCAGACGAAAUCACUCGAUUCCUCCGUCAAGACGGAUGGCCAGCGCUAUCUAUCCACGGCGACAAGCAACAGAACGAGCGCGAUUGGGUCCUGAACGAGUUCAAGACUGGCAAGAGCCCCAUCAUGGUUGCCACUGACGUGGCUUCCCGUGGUAUCGAUGUCCGUAACAUCACCCAUGUGCUGAACUAUGACUACCCGAACAACUCGGAGGACUAUGUUCACCGCAUUGGCCGAACCGGUCGUGCUGGUGCGAAGGGUACUGCCAUUACCUUCUUCACCACCGAAAAUUCGAAGCAGGCUCGUGACCUUGUCGGCAUACUCACUGAGUCCAAGCAGCAAAUUGAUCCCAAGCUCCAUGAAAUGGCCCGCUACGGCGGAGGAGGCGGUGGAGGUGGUCGCUGGGGUGGCGGUCGUGGCCGCGGCCGUGGUGGAGGUGGCGGUGGUAACUGGACUGGUUCCAACAACGCCCCAGUCCGCAACAGCCGCUGGUGAACGAUCGACGCGUAGCGACCACCAUCUGCCUGCCGUUGAUCAUUCGCCCAUAAGCAGCACUUUGCGAGUCAUGUUUCUGGCGCACUGACAUAGACUUUUCCUCGUUUUCUUUGUAUUCUCUGUUUUGUUUUCCAGCCAUCAUGGAUGAUCAACAUUGCAUCCAAUCAUCCAUCGCUCCAUGCUGAUACCCCGAGGAUGAAGAAGAUGGGUUGCAUGCAGGCGGUUCACAACUUCGUUAUAUUAGACUGGCAUCUUCUUUUCGAAUUGUCUAGGCUGCAUAUGUGCGGCUUUCUCACGUGUCCCUUCGACCUUCUAUGGGGGUCAUGGGAGCAGUGUGCAUGCGAAAUUAUGGCGUUCAUUCGACAAAAGUAUAACAAUUAACAGUAAUAUAGAACUACCGUUCAUGUAAUUCCAGACGUUUUCGAGUGAUUGUGAAUUGUGUCAUGUGCCAUUGGGUAAGCUGCAUCCCAUUGUCCAAUCAGAAUGGAAUCCCAUUCCAAGGACACAUCAUGUUUGAUUUGGGCGAACAAACCGUAUCAUACGGUAGAUCUUACACAUAAGUCUAUACAUGGUGGGCGGACAGUAGUCACGGCUGAGGCUGGCGGGUGUUGAAGUUAACACAUGAAAGACGGUGGGCAGAAUGGUCCAGUGCAAUUGGCGUGUCAUUCUGGAGUGAAGUACCUGGGGCAUUAUCGAUUCUCCUCUCUUAUUGUAUUGGUUUCCAUUGAUAUAGGGUCUAUCGCUCCGCAGUGCCAGGGGGUAGAUUACCUCCUGACCCUCUGCCUC